GAUGUGCUUGGUUUGUGGAAGCUGGCAAAAGUUGCGAUAAAGAAAUCCUUGGUGAAAAGAACAUAGUGAAAGCAUCUUAGUUGGUACGAAGGGAGUUUGUAAGCAGUGCAAUGUCUUUCCACCCUCGACCCCCGGGUACCACGAUUGUAUCCGCCGGGAUGCCGUACAUAGCACCACCGAUAGUUCAACAACCUAUGAUACCCGCCAUGAAUCAGCCACCUCCAACCAAUAGAGGAGGAAGCUUCCGGUCCGGUGCUACCAUUGGAUCGCGCCCACAAAUGUACAACAACAAGCCUCCGCCACAACCAGAACCGGUGUACGAUGGGCCGAUAGUAACCGUGUUUGUUGGCAACAUAAGCGAAAAGGUACCGGAUCCAAUGAUAAAACAGAUACUGGCAACCUGCGGCACAGUUGUAAACUGGAAGCGGGUGUCAACAUUUGGGUUUUGCGAGUAUGAUCCGGCGGGAGGUGCUCGAGCCGUCCGUUUGGUGCACGAUUUGGAGGUCGGCGGUAAAAAGCUGGUUGCAAAGGUCGACGCUAAGAAUAAGGCUUUGCUGGAUUCGUUCCGUGAGGAUGAAAGCAAUGCGGAAACAACCAACGAAGCGUCUGAAAAGCGUGGCGAUGACGAUGCGAUGGAAUCGAUCAACCGUAUACUGGAAGAUUUCCGGGAAGAGCUGGCCGCGGUCGAGCAGCAGCAGGAGGAAACGCAAGCAAAGCAGAAGAAAAUGCUUCAAACGGUCGACAUCGAAGACGGCAAGCGGGACAUUAUCAAUAAGGAGAUUGGCAAGUUCCGCAAGUACACCGAGGAGGAGGAACUGAAGAAGGAGAAGGAAAAAGAACGCAAAAAACGGGAGGAAAAGAGGACCGAAGAGAAGCAGCGACGUUCGGCGUCACCGCGAAAGGAUAAGAAAGCACCGGCCGCAUCGUCGUCCUCGUCGAGACGCCGUAGCCGAUCACGUUCACGGGAUCGCGAGCGAGACCGCGAAAGGGAACGCGAGCGUGAACAGCGAGAACGGGAAAAGGAACGCGAACGGGAGCGUGAACGCGAGUUGCGUGAAAGGGAACGAGAACGAGAGCGUGAACGUGACCUGGAACGCCAGCGGGAACGCGAAAGGGAGCGGGAACGCGAACGCGACCGGGAACGCGAGCGAGAACGUGAACGCGAGGACCUAAAGGUGAAUCGGAAUCCGCGGGACAUUCAGAAGGAGAAGGAAAUGGAAGAAGAAGCCCGGGAACGGAAGAAAGCUGAGAAAAAGGCACGUGAUAAGGAAGCAGCCUAUCAGGAGCGUCUCAGGAACUGGGAAGCACGCGAAAGGAGGAAGGCAAAGGAUUAUGAGAAGGAACGUGAAAAGGAUCGCUGCAAGGAAGAGGAGCGCGAGAAAGAGGCAAAACGUUUGAAGGAAUUCCUUGAGGACUACGAUGAUGAUCGUGAUGAUCCGAAAUACUACAAGGGACGUGAACUUCAGCGAAGGCUUGCUGAGCGAGUUCGCGAAGCAGAUGCCGACUCCAAGGAUCGUAACAAAGAGCAAGAGGAACUGGAUGAGCUGAAAAACAAAAUAUUCAGCGGAGAGUACGAUAACCCCACGCUGGAGUUUGAGAAAGCCAAAAAGGAACGGGAGGAUUUGUACAAACCGAAGAUUCUGAUUGACGUGAAUCUGGAACAGUCGCAGCAGCGCGAAAGAGAAAUAGAGCGUGAGCGUAUGCGGGAGAUAGAACGGCAACGCGCGAAGGAACGCGAGCGUAUGAACAAGGAACGCUACGUGCUUGCACAGGCCUCCCGGGAGCUUGCCUCGGUUGAUGCGGAACCGAUAGAUUCCGAUUCCAGCGGUCAGGACAAUUUCAAUUCUCCCGCAGGAAGCGCCCAACAGGCCAUUAGUGGUGCAUCCAAUGGACCGGGUUCAGGAUCAGCCAGCAUGACGGACGGAUUGGGCAACAGCAAUCACCACCAUCAUCAUCCCCACCAGUCUCACCAUCACGCACACCAUCAUCAUCAUCACCACCAUUCGCAUCAUGGUGCGUCGGAGCAACGAGUCGCGUCGGCAGGACAGCAUCCAGCCCACGCUGGAUCCGAAACACGGGACUCGUUCGGGCUGAUGGGACACGGUGGAGCUGCCGGUGGUGUUGGCGGCUCGUCAUCAGCCAUGAUGGGCAUGAUGAACGAUGAGAAUUCACGGCAUUCUUCAAGGUCCAACUCGCAACACGAUGUUCCAGAGAGUCCGGAACCUGACACCAACAGCGGCAUGAACUCUUUAUCGGAUAAAUCAGCCCACCAUCACCAGCACCAGCCUCAACCACAACAGUCCACGGUGGGGCCAACGAUUAGCUUGAAUCUAAAUGUGAACGCGAAAAAGAAAAAGCUUGAAGUAAAGGACGUGUUCAACAGCCUCGACGACGAUACCGAAGAAUCGAACGGGCCGAAAAAACGCAAACUGGUUCCACUAGAAUAUGAAGACGGUCGGGGCCAGACAGAUACGCCGACCGGUACCGCUAACAGCACACCGGCCGGAUCGAAUCCAAAAUCAUCCAAGGGUAGAAGGGACGAGGCCAGCACCAGAGAGUCCCAGAAGUCACAGGAGGAAAAGCGUAAAAACAUAAAGAGUAUUAUCGACAAGAUACCGACGGAGAAGAACGAUCUCUUCAACUACCCGCUCGACUGGAAUGAGAUCGACAGUACCAUCGAAAAGAAGAUUCGGCCAUGGAUCAACAAAAAGAUUAUCGAAUACAUCGGCGAACCCGAGCCGACGUUGGUCGAUUUUAUCUGCUCGAAGGUACUCGCAGGUAGCACCCCCCAAGGAAUCCUGGAUGAUGUACAGAUGGUUCUUGACGAAGAGGCCGAAGUGUUCGUGGUGAAAAUGUGGCGAUUGCUGAUAUACGAGGUGGAAGCUAAAAAGGUUGGCCUAGCGAAUGUAUGAGUGUUUUGUAUGUCGAGGACAUCAGCUAUGAAGAGUGAUUUGGACUCUUGUGGCAGGUGACUAGGCGGGAAACUGUUCCAAUUAUCGUUGAGCAACGCGAAUGGAAAUAAUGGCGUAAGGGAACGAACGCCUUUCGCACGGCCCAUAGUAGUGGAUGGCUGAAGAAUGGUCGAAAGGACAAACACAAAACCAUACCUCGCUGGAACUGGAAGACGGCGGUAAGCGAAAAUACGUUCUGAUGAAAGUGUUUACCGACGAAUUAAUCCGUCGACCGAAUACAUUGUAU